AUGCUAUUUGCGAAAUCUUUUUCUAAUGUUUUGUUUUUUAAAUUACAGGUCACUCAUAUUGAACCAUGGGAGAAGGGGAGCAGGAAGACUGCAGGCCAGACAGGCAUGUGCGGAGGGGUACGGGGUGUUGGAACAGGAGGCAUUGUUUCCACUGCCUUUUGUCUACUGUACAAGCUGUUUACCCUGAAGUUAACUCGUAAACAAGUGAUGGGUCUAAUAACACACACUGACUCUCCGUACAUCCGAGGUUUAGGAUUCAUGUAUAUUCGGUACACACAGCCCCCAGCUGAUUUGUGGGAUUGGUAUGAGCCUUUUUUAGAUGAUGAAGAGGAACUAGAUGUAAAGGCUGGUGGAGGAUGCGUCAUGACAAUAGGAGAGAUGAUUCGUUCUUUCCUUACUAAACUAGAAUGGUUUUCUACCCUAUUCCCAAGAAUUCCAGUUCCUGUUCAAAAGAAUUUGGACCAGUAUCUUAAAACUCGACCAAGGAAAAUUGCCAAAAAGGAUGGGAAGGAUAGUAUGGAAGAACCAGAGCGCCUAUCAGAGCGUAGACAUUCGAGAUCACCAAGAAGAUCUCUUACUCCUCGCAAAUCUCCUAGGCGAUCUAGAAGCAGAAGCCGUCAUAGAGAAGGCCAUGGCUCUUUUGGUUUUGAUAAGGAAUUAGAGAGGGAGAGAGAACGACAGAAAAGGGAACGAGAACAGAUAAAAGAUAGAGAACGAAGUGAGAAAGAUAGACAUAAAUCUAGAAGCACAGACAGAGGUUUAGACCGUAAGCGGAGCAGAAGCAGAGACCAUCACAGAAGUCGAAGUAGAGAUAAAAGAAGUGAUAAAAAAGAUAGAGAUAAAGAGAGGGAGAAGGAAAAUGAAAGAAAUAGAAGGCGAGAUAAAGAUUAUGAAAAGGACAAAGAAAGAGUGAGUGAUCGAGACAGGGACAGAAAUGUUGAGAAAGAAUCUGAGAGAUCUAGAGACCGGGAUAAAAGAAGCCAAUCAAAGACUGAAGACAGAAAACGUAAGGAAGAAAAAAGAGAAAAAGAUGAAAAGAGGCAUAAAGAUGAUAAAAAGGAUUCAAAAAAAGAUAAAAGGCAUAGUAGAAGCAGGAGCAGAGAGAAAAGACAUAGAAGCAGUAGUCCUGGUAGGGGUCAUGUCAGCAAACGUAGUAGAAGCAAAAGCAAAGAGAAAUCUAAACAUCGAAAUGAACAUAAAGAAAAAUCAAACAAAAGAAGCAUUAGCAGAGAAAGGACUGAUGAGAAUAAUGGUGAACGGAUAAAGAAACAGCGUAGUCAUAGCAAAGAGAAAGCUCACAAACGCAGUGAAAGUAAAGAACGAUCUCACAAACAAAGUCACAGUGAUGGUAAGGACCAUUCGAGUAAACCAAGCCGUCGAAGUCUCAGUACAGAAAGAGAGAACAAAAGUAAUGUGGAAGGAUUAUUGCAAGGCAAUACCACUGACAAUGACUGAAAUAUUACUUAAAUCUCUAAUUGUACAGUGAAUAAAUUGUUUUGCUUUUGAAUAUUUUUCUUUUUAAAAAAUUGAAUUAUGCUAUGGCUAGGAUAAACACGUCUUCAAAUUCCGGUAGCCUGCAGAUGAUAUUUCCUGUUUGUAGGAAGUGCCUUUGGUAUCCAACUGUUCAACUUACCAUUGUAAUUCAAGACCAACUUUAUUCUGUACAAUGUAGUUGAUACAAAUUUGUUUUUGUUUGAAAUAAUGUUUUUGCAAGUAUACUAUGUACAUAUGUUCUGAGAGUUUUAAUCAUUGGCACAACUGCCAUGUUGGUUCAUUUUGUAUGAUGGGCAAUAAACUGCCAAUACUUAAAACAGUUGUGUUAA